UCGUAUAGUUUCUUAUCGUAGUUUGAGCAGAAUUCCAAUUGGCAUCCGUAAAUUGUACUCCCAGCGGAAAGACCCACGCAACCCAGGCUCAAGCUCUAAUCCCCCGGCAGAAACCCAAAACCAUGUCUGACGACUUCGAUGGCUGCGAGUGCGUUUGGUCGCACGAACUGGCGAUGCAGAGGCUAAUAAACUUUAUUCGCCAGAAUCAGAAUGCCUGUACGGACACAGAGUGCUUCGACGUUAGUGGACGUAUGCCGCAGCAGCAGCGCGCUGGAGGCGACGACAACAGCGGCUUUACCAUCACAAUGGUGUUCAUGGUCCUGGCCUUGCUCAUGUACAUCUUUAAUCCAAGUACCUGGGGUCAGCUGACCAGCAGCAAGAGGCCGACUAGCCGUCGCGAUAAUAACCAUGAUGGCUCGCCGCCGUCACCGCAGCCUCCUCCGCCGGCCAUCAACUAGAGGUCGUCCAGGACCCAUGCCGCAGAUGCCGAGCUUGAGCUUUUCCAUCACAAUUCGCAACUUGCAUUUCCUUUAGGUUUUCUUCCGCGGUAAUUGAUCAAAAAAAAUAUAUAUGUUGACUACAAGAAGGGAUGGAAUCAGAAUCAAAGCAAUAAAACAUACACAAUUGGUGAAAUCCUUGCGCACGCCGUAUUAAAAAAACUAGACAAAAUAUACAUUAUUUACAUUGUACAAAAUAACACUACACACACACCCACAGAGAUACACAGGCUUAAGUAAGUCAAAAUUUUUGAAAAUACACUUUAAAAAACCAAA